AAUGAGUGAGCGUGAGAAGAAAAAAGGGUUUUUUCUUUCGACCUUGUUGUUUAUCUUUUGAAUUCUUUCUCUCGUUUUCUUUUAUCUUCUUGAUGUCGUCAUUCAAAGAGGGAAGAAAAAAAAACAUAGAUCUGGAAUGAGGGUUAUUUAGUUAACUUGUCAAUCCAAUCAAAUCAGUCAAUCAAAAACUCAACCAAUUGGAAUCACAAAAACAAAAGAGAGGAAAAUUGAAAAAAAAAAAAAAAAAAGGAAAAAAAAGGGCACAAAUUGUUAAAUAUGUCAUCUUCUUCCUUUCCCACCACUUUCUCUCAACUUCCUCCUCCUUCUCCUUCCGACGAGAUUUGCUAUGUCCAUUGUAACAUUUGCGACACCAUUUUGGCGGUAAGUGUUCCUUCUACUAGUUUGUUCAAAAGGGUCACCGUUCGUUGUGGCUACUGCGCCAAUCUUCUACCAGUGAACAUGUGUGGUGGGAUGUUUCUCCCUUCUUCAAAUCAGUUUCAUGGAUUUGCUCACUCAACUGCUUUCUUCUCUCCCAAUACUCACAAUUUCCUGGAGGAGAUCUCAAAUCCAAAUCCAAACUUUCUUAUGAACCAAACAGAAGGAAUUGAUUUAACCAUGGCCACUCGUGUAGCUAAUGAUGUUCCAAGGCAGCCCCCAAGCAUAAAUAGACCUCCAGAAAAGAGACAAAGGGUACCCUCUGCUUACAACCGAUUCAUCAAGGAGGAGAUCCAACGCAUUAAAGCUGCCAAUCCAGACAUCUCUCACAGAGAAGCCUUCAGUGCUGCUGCUAAGAAUGAAGAAGAAGAUGCUAUGCUGAGAAGUGGUUGAUUUUUCAGUUCAACUAACAUGGGAUAUAUUUAAUUAAGAAGGUUUAAUCUUGUCUUUUUGGCAACAAGAAGAGAGAAAUUUUCGGAUUCAAAUGGCUUCCUUUGAAAAUUCUCUCUUAUGAUUUAAAGUUUCUAAGCUCUUUUGUAUUAUCAAUUGUGUUGAAGCCUACUCUAUGAAGUGAUUUGAGGGGAAAAAACAUUAAAUUAGUUACUCUAUUAACACAUUAUUGCAAGUUCUUAUGCUUUAAAAGAGGCAAACAAAAUUAGCUAUUAUUUGAGCCAGCUUGGGCUGUGUACUAACCGCCUUCUAUUACUUUAUUUAGCUACGUCAAAA